CCCGCGUCCCUUUCACUCUCUUCUUCUCCCUCCCAGGCCCGUGUCUCUGUCUCCUCCCCCCGCCCGCCUUUCUGCCCCUUCUGCCCCCUAUUAAAGAGCUGCGGAGCGGUUCGCUGCUCUCUGCGCCUGGGACCCCGGCGCGCCGUCUCUAGCCGCGGGAGCCCGGGCGGGUCUGGCCAGGAUGGCGGAGAACGGGCUGCGGGACAAGGUGCUGAACCUGGACUCCAUGAACCCCUGGGUGAAGCGGGUGGAGUACGCGGUGCGGGGCCCCAUCCUGACCCGCGCGGUGGAGCUGGAGGAGGAGCUGCGGCAGGGUGUGAAGAAGCCUUUCACAGAGGUGAUUAAAGCCAACAUUGGCGAUGCCCACGCCAUGGGCCAGCGCCCCAUCACCUUCCUGCGCCAGGUCAGCGCCCUGUGCCUGUACCCUGAGCUGCUGAGCGAACCCCUCUUCCCCGACGACGCCAAGCAGCGAGCACGCAGACUGCUGGCAGCAUGCGGAGGGCAGAGUGUUGGUGCCUACACGGCCAGCCACGGCAUCGAGAUCAUCCGCCAGGACGUGGCCCGGUACAUCGAGCGGCGGGACGGGGGCAUCCCCGCCAACCCGGACAACAUCUACCUGUCUACGGGUGCCAGUGACGCUGUCAUGACCAUGCUGAAGCUGCUGGUGUCGGGGGAGGGCCGGUCGCGGACGGGCGUGAUGAUCCCCAUCCCCCAGUACCCGCUCUACUCGGCUGGCAUCGCCGAGCUGAACGCCGUGCAGGUCAACUACUACCUGGACGAGGAGCACUGCUGGGCGCUGGACGUCGGGGAGCUGCAGGAGGUGCUGGCUGGCACGGGGCCCUCCAUGUCCCCCUGAUGGGCUUGUCCUGUGCCCACAGGCCAGGUCCAGAGCCGGAAAUGCAUCGAGGACGUCAUCAAGUUUGCGUGGGAGGAGCAGCUCUUCCUGAUGGCCGAUGAGGUCUAUCAGGACAACGUCUACGCCGAGGGCUCCGAGUUCCACUCCUUCAAGAAGGUCCUUUUCGAGCUGGGCCCCAAGUACUCGAACGUGGUGGAGCUGGUAUCCUUCCACUCCAUCUCCAAGGGCUUCAUGGGAGAGUGUGGGUUCCGGGGCGGGUACAUGGAGGUGGUGAACCUGGAUCCGGCCGUGCAGCAGCAGCUCUCCAAGCUGGUGUCGGUGCGUCUGUGCCCACCCGUGCCCGGCCAGGUGCUGCUGGACGUCGUCAUGAACCCACCAAAGCCUGGCGAGCCCUCGUACCAGAGCUUCAUCCGGGAGAAGCAGGCAGUACUGAGCGACCUGGCCCACAAAGCGCAGCUGACCCAGGAGAUCUUCAGCCAGGUGCCCGGGAUCCGCUGUAACCCCGUGCAGGGCACCAUGUACUCCUUCCCCAGGAUCCAGAUCCCAGCCAGGGCUGUGCAGGAGGCCCAGGCCCUCGGUCUGGAGCCUGAUUUCUUCUUCUGUCAGAAGCUGCUGGAGGCGACGGGGAUCGUACUGGCCCCAGGGAGCACCUUCGGGCAGCGCCGGGGCACCCACCACGUCAGGGUGACGCUGCUGCCCCGAGUGGAGACGCUGAGGAUUGUUUUACAAACCAUCGCAGAGUUCCACUCCCAGUUCCAGCAGCGAUAUUCCUGAAGAGUGGGUGGGCGAUGCCCAAUGAAUAAAUGGAGUUAAUCACA